AUGGUGUUCCGCGUUGGCAGUGGAGCCGAAGUCGACUGUUUGUGUCUGGAAGUCAAGAAAGACUCUCCCACUGCUGCUGGGAUGAGUGACUCUCAGGAGAGAGAGGAGGCUGCAGGUCCCAGUGAGACACUCAGACCAGAGUCUGCAGCACACGGCUUUAGGACCAUGAAGAAUGCUGAAGACAUGGCUGAUCCUGGGUCACCAACACACUCUGUUGGAGGCCUUGUUAUAAAUUACAUUAUUGAUAGCCAAACUGGAAUUGUCCAGGGAUUUUUCAUGAUCAUUCCCACGACUUCUGCAAUGAACCACCACACUCUGGAACCAACAGUGCCCAGCUGUGUGUCUAUAAAGAGUGAUGUGUCCCUCCCUCGUCCUACAGACUUCAGCAGUGGACCACCACACUCUGAACCCAAAGGUUUGUUGAGAGUUAAAGAGAACCAUAAAGAUAGUAUGAAGAGGAGGUUUGAGAAUGUAUCUGAAGGCAUCAUCAAACCUGGAGCUGAGAUACCCCUCAACAAGAUCUACACAGAGCUCUACAUCACAGAGGGAGAGAGUGAAGGGGUGAAUAAGGAACAUGAGGUCUGGCAGGUAGAGUCAGCAUCCAGAUCUCAAACCACAGAAGACACACCAAUCAACUGCAAUGACAUCUUCAAGCCCUUACCUGGACAGAAAAAGUGCAUUAGAACUGUGAUGACCAAAGGUGUUGCUGGCAUUGGGAAAACAGUCUCAGUGCAGAAGUUCAUUCUUGAUUGGACAGUUGGGGUAGCCAAUCAGGAUGUAGACUUUAUGUUCCCCCUUUCCUUCCGUGAGCUGAAUUUGGUGAGGGGUGAUCAAUAUAGUCUUCACACGAUGCUGCUUGACUUCCACCCUGAGCUGAAGGAGCUGAAUGAUGGUGAUGAAUACAAAGACUGUCGGGUUGUGUUCAUCUUUGAUGGUCUCGAUGAGAGUCGGUUAAAUCUGGAUCUGGAACAGAAUAGUAAGUUGUCUAAUGUAAAACAAACAUCAUCAGUGGAUGUUCUGAUAGCGAGCCUCAUUCAGGGAUCUCUGCUUCGCUCUGCACUCAUCUGGAUAACCUCACGACCAGCAGCAACAAGUCAAAUUCCUGCUCAGUAUAUCAACCAGGUAACAGAAGUACGAGGAUUCAAUGACCCGCAGAAGGAAGAGUACUUCAGGAAGAAGAUCAGUGAUGAGAGUCAGGCCAAGAGAUUGAUCUCACACAUUAAGGUAUCCAGGAGUCUCCACAUCAUGUGCCACAUACCAGUCUUCUGUUGGAUUGCAGCCACUGUACUUCAGCAGAUGCUGGAACAGGACAACACCCAGACAUUCCCCAAAACACUGACUGAGAUGUUCAUACAGUUCUUGCUCAUCCAGACCACCAGAAAGAAUCAGAAAUAUCAAGAAAGACAUGAAACAGAUAAGAAGAGGCUCUUGGAAUCACAGAAAGAAAUAAUUCUAAAGUUAGCUGAAAUGGCCUUUAAUAAUUUAGAGGAAGGCAAGCUGAUAUUUUAUGAGGAAGACCUGCAGAAGUGUGGCAUUGAUGUCAGUGAAGCCUCAGUGUACUCUGGCAUGUGUACUGAGAUAUUCAAGGAAGACUCUGUGUUUCACCAGAGGAAAAUCUACUGCUUUGUGCAUCUGAGCAUCCAGGAGUUUCUGGCUGCACUUCAUGCAUUCAUUUCAUAUCUGAAGAAGGAUCGGAAGACACUAAGAUCCCUUUGUGGGAAAAUAUGGCUCUGGACACCAUCACUGGGUGGGCUUCUAAAGAAGGUAGUAGACAAAGCUUUGGCCAGCAAGAAUGGACAUCUGGAUCUUUUCCUUCGCUUCCUUAUGGGCAUCUCUCUGGAGAGCAAUCAGAGACUUCUGCAAGGUCUACUGAACCACACAUACAGCACCACAGAGAAGGACAUUAAGGCAAUCUGUCUGUAUAUGAAAGAGAUCAACAGUAAAGGUCUCUCUCCUGAAAGAUGCAUCAAUCUUUUCCACUGCUUAUCUGAAAUGAAUGAUCAUUCCAUGCACCAAGACGUUAAAAAAUAUCUGGAGUCACCGAAGGAUUUUAAAGGCCAGUUGUCUCCUGCUCACUGUUCAGCACUGGCCCACAUACUUCUGAUGUCUGAGGAGAUUAUGGAUGAGAUUGACCUGAAGAAAUAUAACACAUCAGAUGAGGGACGCAGGAGACUGAUCCCAGCUGUGAGGUGCUUCAGAAAAGCACGACUUGCUGACUGCAAACUCACAGAUAAGUCAUGUGAUGUUGUGGCCUCAGUUUUACAGUCUCCAAACUCUCUAAUAGAGUUGAACCUGAGCCAGAAUGACCUGGGGGAUUCUGGAGUUCAGCUACUUUCAAAAGGAUUGUCUAGUCCCCUCUGCAAACUGCAGACAUUAAGGCUCUGUGAUUGUGGUAUCUCAGAUGGAGGUUAUGUUUGUCUUGCUCUGGUCCUGAUGUUACACCCCUCCUGUGUGAAAAAUCUGGAUGUGAGCAACAAUCAUCCUGGAGAAUCAGCACAGAAACUGUUAUCUGCUACACUGAAGGAUCUUCGCUCCAAAGUUGAAGCCCCUCAACUUGCUGGAUACAAACUCACAAAUAAGUCCUGUGAGCUUUUGGCCUCAGUUCUGAAGUCUCCAAACUCCUUGACCAAGCUGGACCUGAGUGACAAGGACCUGGGAGAUUCUGGAGUUCAGCUUCUUUCUAAAGGACUGUCUAGUCCCCACUGCAAGCUGCAGACAUUAAGGUUGGUGGUUGACAUUUCUUUAUUGCUGUGCAUUUCCUGAUAGUUUACGAGAGCCACAUCAACAUAACAGUCAAACAGUACCUACAUCCCUGUACUGUGGUGACCUACUUGUGAGUAGCCUGGCUGACACCAAACCAGUUUUCAAAAGAGAAUGGCUCUGGAUUCUCUCGGUUCAUUUUCAAGAGUGUGACCUGUGCUGAAAACUAACAUUGGUUCGUUAAACUCUUCCAAAAUCCUCUUGUGAGUAUACAGCAAGUAAGUAAGUAGAACUUUAUUGUAAAUGAAGGAUUCAAAUGCAAUUUGUUGCUAAUUUCCAAAGACAAUACUUUGUGUAAUUCUGAUGCCAUCAGCACAGCUAUUGAUUGUGUACAAAGCAGUAACCGUCCUUCUCUGUCCUUCAUGGUUAAAACCAUAUGUGUGAUUAUUGGUUCCUGGGGGUCUGGUUAUGUGUAAAUGGAUUUGAAUGGAGGGGUGGCCAUAUGGAUCAGCCAGUACAAAUACAGAUGUGCUCUCAGAUUAGUUUGGGGUC